UAUAUACAAUGGGACUUAGGUUUCAGUAUAUAAGGAUGGCGAAUCCCCUCGUUCAUACACAAGGCUGUCAAAUAUGGGGCGAAUUACGGCAUUGGGUAUAAUAGCAUUGGUAGCGUCAGCGGCGGCGGCCCCAGCGCCCCAGUACUGUCCGUGCCUCCCUCCCCCCCUGCCCUGUCCGUGUCCAUCACCAUGUCCCCCGCCCGUACCACCACCGUGCCCAUGUGAUCCCUGCGCACCACCACCGUCUCCAUGCGGCGAUGGACCCAUCAAGGUACUCCUGCAGAAGAACAACGUCGCUGAACGUCUAACCGGAGCAGGGUUCCAAGCGAUCCCUGUACCUGGAGGGACCUUCUUCAUCAGUGCUUCCCCAGAUGUGAUCAUCCAGCCUCCUCCGAUCCUGGUGCGACCACCGCAACAGGCGCCGAUCACACCACCUGCCCUAUCAGUACAACCACCACCGGUACCACCAGUGACUCCCCCACCAAUCUGCGUCAGGCCACCCCCUCUGCCACCGAUCACGCCCCCACCUGUUCUCGCUCGUCCCGGACCUGUCCCAUGUGUGCAACCUCCCCCCCUAGUGGUGAGAGUGCCCAAACCAGCUCCGAUUCAACCAGCGCCCAUCAGUGUGACCCAACCUCGUCCCGCGCCGAUCAAUCCACCCCAGAUCUGUGUAAGACCACAUAAGCCACAGAAUAUUCAGCCUCCGACUAUCUGUGUGUCGACCUGUUCGCUGGUGCAAGGGCAGGGAGGUCAGGGAGGUUUGGGGGCUUUGGGAGGACCGUGCGGAUCUCCUUGCCCGUGUCCAUGCCCGUGCCCGUGCCCAUGCCCGUGCCCGUGUCCGUGCCCAUGCGAGCCUCCCCCGCCCCCACCCUGCGGUUGCCCAUGUGAACCACCACCACCUUGCCCAUGUGACCCCUCCCCUUGCCCAUGCUAAACUCUAAACCGUAUUGGACUUAUUUCCAUUCAACAUCUACAUUACCUGGGUAUAACAUACCCGUGAAACGUUUACUCGACUAGUGGCGACACCUACUCAAGAAAACAAGAAUCUGACAGGUUGGGUGUAACUUACCCU